AUGCAUUCCCCCGUUACCCCGAUCGCUUUCGAUGCAUCGAACCCUUCCUAUCCGUAUGUCUUGCAUACGCCCCGGGGAUGUCUGCGCGCAGUCAAGGUUGCACAUUGUACCAAUGGCAUUGCGGGGCAUUUACUCCCGGGGCUCCGCGGUGCGGUUUACCCCUUCAAGGGAACGAUGACAGUGCAAGAUGCAGGCAGUGCUUUUCCCAACCGCGGAGCGGAUCUCUCAUGGGGAUUCCACUAUCCUGUUAUCUAUGACAAACAGUCGAGUCGGUAUGCCGCCGGGUUGUACUAUCUUAUGCAAAACGCAAAAACAGGAUAUUUCUUCUUCGGCGGAGAGGAUACCCAGAUUAAGCAGUUACAGGAUAAACUGCCAACAUUUCUUGGCCACAACCGUCCGGCGCAAUGGAGGUUAGUUGGUGGAUGGAGUGGAAUUAUGGGCUUCUCUGCAGAUGGCCUUCCUGUGGUGGGACGCGCGAAAGCCUCGAUGGCAGGGCGGCAGAGCGAGGGGGUAUUUCUUGCAGUCGCAUCCAAUGGGUAUGGAAUGGCCAACUGUUUGUUGGCAGGAGAGGCGUUGGCGAAGAUAAUGCUGGGGGAGGAUGUCAGCGCAUGGUUACCAACGGCAUACCGGAUUCACGAGACACUGUUGAAAGAAUUGUUGACGGUGGACUAA